AUGUUGACAUCUACUCUCAUUUUUGUCUUUCUUUUUCAGUCCUUCCUUGUUAUCAGGACAGCACCGGUGCCAUUUGAUUUCGGCGGUCUUCUCGAUGACGUCUUUGGUGGCGAAGACGACGAUACCAGCGGGGGCGGGGCCCUAAGUAGCGUAUUCAGUGGCGAUGAUGAAGAUAGCAACGAUUCUGGGCUGGGCAGGAUUGUGGAUGACCUGCUGAGCGGUGGAGACAAUCCCGCUGAAGACAACGGCGGGCUGUUAGAUGAUGCCUUGGAUGCGUCCCUCAGCAGUGACGACACAGAUUCUGGCUCCAUACAAAAUUCUAAUAAUGCCUCUAAUGAUGAGGACGCGCACGGGGUCCUUGACGGACUUGUUGGAAAGACGGAAGAUGCAAUUUCAGACGGUGCGAGUGAUCUACUCAGAGGGAUCCUGGGAGACGAUGACUCUGCUUCUACCACCGCGUCAAGUACCAUCAGCGUCAGCUCAGCUGAACUGACCACUGUCUUUUCUCGCCCAGCAUUUUUCAGCCGUAUGGUUUACUGCUCCAGUGCUUCCGUAACAAAUUUUAGCUGCGGCGCACCUUGCGAGGCUCUCAAUGCAGAAUCGGUCGAGAUCUUGGCGACGGGUGGUGAUGGCGGAACGGUACCGAGGUUUGUGAUCGCGCACGACAAGUCGACUAACUCGGUUGUCGUUGCACAUCAAGGCACAGACCCGGAAAAUAUGCGCGUCCUACUAGCAUAUGCUCUACUCUCCAUCCUUAACGACGCCGAGUUCGUCCCCACCCCAAUCGACACUGAAUUUUUCCCUUCGGCAGCCGGGAAAAACAUCGCAGUCCAUUCAGGAUUCCAGGAAACAUUCUCUAGAACUGCAUCCACGGUCCUCUCUACUGUCCAAUCCGCCGUCGCCAGCACCGGAGCAGAAACUAUAGUCCUCACAGGCCACUCUCUGGGCGCUGCUCUGGCCACGCUCGACGCGCUCAUGUUCAACGAUGCCUUGACUAACGUAUCUAUCCAAACCACCACGUUUGGAUCUCCACGUGUGGGCAACCAAGCUUUCGCGGACUUGGUUGAUGCCUCGCUCUCAAGUGGGGGGGGGGGGGGGGGGGGGGUUGCGAGGAUAACCAACAGGGCCGACCCCGUCCCGCAUUUGCCGCCACUGGUUUUGGAUUUCGUACAUGCGCAGGGAGAGGUGCAUCUUGGGGAUGCGGGAGCUGCGCUAUGCGAGGGUCAGGAGAACGACUCGGAUGCUUGUGCAGAUGGGGUGGGGCUGUUAGCUAUCGCUGAUGGAGUGGGAGAUCAUAUAGGACCAUACUUUGAUGGAAUAUCCUUUGGGCAGCAGGAAUGUUCAGCUUAA